UCCAAGAUGAGAAAGAAGUGGAGGUUGGAGAGGAUGCAACUCUCGAUUGUCAGGGUCCCCAUGAAGGGAACAUCUUAUGGGUAGCAUGGACCAAGAGUGACCUGAAAGUAGAUGAUUAUGGCUUCUUUUACCGGGAAGGUCGUCCUUACAAAACAUACCAGCAUGAGUCUUUCAAAGGUCGAGUGGAGCUGGAAGACCCAAACAUGAAAAGUGGAAAAAUGUCCAUCAUUCUUCACAACGUCACCGUUAACGACACUGGAACAUAUGAGUGCCACAUCUCAUAUGAAACAGAUCACAGCCAGAGAUCUGAGAUGAAGCAGGAAACCAAGCUGAAAGUUACACCUGCAGUUCAAAGACAAGGAGCCAGGCAUUUUUUUAAGUGGGAGAGGGAGAGGUGA